UUGAGAUUGAGAUACCAGAAAAGUUAUUGUUGAGGUGAUAAUAGAUAUGGAACUAAAAACAGUCUUUGACAAAGAGUUCUUAUGAGAUAAUCUAAGUAUCGAGCAAUAUGACAGAUCACAAAGUUCCAAUUUUGGGGGGCCGUCAUCUUCAAACCUUAUUACUUUUUCUGGCAGUUGUGAUUAUGUAUGCUACAAGGCAAAAUGCAUCUGUUUCAUUGGUUGCUAUGACCGACGCAAAGACAACGAAUCCAAAUUUUCACGAGUUCAAUUGGAACGAGAAACAGAAAUCAUACAUUCAAAGUAGCUUCUUUUUUGGAUAUACAUUUUCUCAAAUUCCCGGAGGAUAUGCAGCACGAAGAGCUGGUGUGAAAAUGACUCUAUUUAUAGGAAUAUUCACGAGUUCGGUGUUGGGUCUUUUAUUACCGAUUUGUGUAUUUUGGGGGGGUUGGCAAAUCUACUGCGCGAUUCGAAUUCUUCAAGGAAUAUUCCAAGGAGUACUUUUCCCGUGUAUAUACCAGCACCUAGCUAAGUGGUCGCCUGUGGAAGAACGAAACCGACUUGGUGCCCUGAGUCACUCCGGCCUACAAUGCGGUAUGAUCGUCGCAACGUAUGUCACAGGAAUGAUUGCUGGAUCCAGCUUGGGAUGGCCAGGAGUUUUUUACGUUUACAGUGGAGUGGGAAUAGCGUUUAGCUUAAUUUGGUUCAUAUUUGCAGAGAAUACACCAGCUGAGGCUAAGUUCAUAACUGCUGCUGAAAGGAGCUACAUUCUAACUUCUCAGGCGUAUGUUGAAUUUGGUCAGAGGAAGAAGAAAAUACCUGUUCCAUGGAAGGCUUUGUUAACGUCUGGGCCGUUGAUAUCACUUUUAGUUGUGCGUUUGUGUGAUGACUGGGGUUAUGACACAAUGAUGUCUCAAGUUCCGGCCUUUCUGCAUGGGGUCUUGAAAAUGAAUAUCACCAACAAUGCUUUGUAUUCAACUUUGCCAUAUGUGGCCAUGUGGGUGUUUUCGUAUAUUUACAUGAUAUCAGCAGACGUAGUACUGCAAAAUAAUUGGACGUCCUUGCUGGUGCUACGAAAGACCGUUAAUACAAUUUCGAUGUGGGGUCCAGCGGCACUUCUGAUUGCUAUCGGAUUUCUCGAUGAAAAUCAUAGAACAUUAACCUUAAUCUUUAUGAUCCUGACUGUUGGAUUAAAUGGUGGUCACACCAUUGGAAACUUGAUGAAUCAAAUUGAUCUAUCUCCGAAUCACGCUGGUAUUCUGAUGGCCUUGUUGAAUUCUUUAGCGAGUAUAGUGCGUGUGAUUUGUCCAAUUGUUAUAGGAAUUAUUGUGAAUGAUGAAACAAGUCGCUCUCAAUGGCAGACUGUAUUUAUAGUAGCAGCUGCAGUCAUUUUUCUAGGGAAUUUACAAUUUUUGUUCUUUGCUCAGACUAAGGAACAACCAUGGAAUGAUGAAAAUUUUGUGCACGAAGUUAAAAUAAGAGAAACAUCUUGAAAGUGAAGUUAGACUUUAUUAUACAGUGGCUUGCGUCUGAGGCUAGAGAAUUACUUUAAAUAAAUACAUUUUUGCAGUUUGUAUAUUAGAUGCUUAAAGCUAAGGAAUUUUUUCGUUUUUAAAAAGAAUGUUUUAUAAUUUUUAGUCAAGCAUCAACAAAAUGAAAUCAUUUAUUGCAGAUUUGAAUUAUUAUUUAUUUUGUUGCUAAUUAAAGAAUGUUCCAAAUAUAGUUUAAAAAAUCAAUAUAAAUAGUAUUUGUUGAAUACCUUUUCAGGUGAGAACUUUAAUUUAAGAACCUAGACUUGUCAUAAAGUUUAUAACAUACUCGUUGCCUAAAUAAAUCUUAUUGUUAUCAAAAUUGCUAAAGCACCGGGUUUGA